AUGGUGGUUAUCAAGAUGAACCAAGAUGCACAUAUAAGAGCAGCAAUUAACCAAAAGUUGAUAGAAGCUGGAGAAAGAGAAUGCCUCAAAAAGUUGCUGAGAGCUACAUUAGCUGAGGGUGGCUGGAAGAAUCAGCUGAAGGCACACUAUAAAGAGGUAAUUAAAGAAAAAGGACGAGAACACGUCACUGUUGAUGACUUGGUGGCUGAAAUCACUCCAAAAGGCAGAGCGCCAGUACUUGACAGUGUAAAGAAGGAACCUCUACAAAGAAUAAACACAUUCUUUGCUCAGCAUGCCAGUCUUUAGGGGUGAAUUAGAAUGUGUUGUUCUGUGGAUUUAUUUCUGAAAGUAAAACUUGCCAUAAAUUCGAAAUUGAUUU